AUGCGUAACGUGUUGCCUGUUCCAUGCCACUCGCAUAACGACUAUUGGCGACGUACGCCACUGUAUGCUGCUAUAGCGUCCGGUUGCAUCAGCGUCGAAGCGGAUGUGUGGCUCCUCGAAGACGAUCUUUUUGUCGGUCACGACGCCGGGAGCCUGACCAAGAAUGCGACGCUCAAGUCCAUGUACCUCGAACCAUUGGAGAAAAUGUUGCGUACUGCCAACACCAACUCACAAAUCGGCAACGUGAGCACGGAUGGUAACCAGGGUAUCUUCAGCAUGGAACCAGAGCAGACCCUUGUUUUACUUGUCGAUUUGAAAACGUCCGGCGCCGAAACCUUUGUGAAGCUACGUGAGCAGCUGGAGACCCUGCGCAAUGCCGGAUGGCUUACGCAUUGGAAUGGCACACACCGCUCGGAAAGGCCGAUUACAGUCGUAGUGUCCGGUAACGCGCCAUUCGAUAUGAUCACCGCCAACGAUACCAUUUUCUUCGAUGCCCCUCUGACCGCGUUGGCGUCCGAAGAAGAUCGUGUUGAGUUUGAUGAUGUAUCCCCGACUCUGGCAUUCGAGGGAGAUGCCAGGCUGCUGCGCUACAAGUACAACCCGAGCAACUCAUGGUACGCAUCCAGCAACAUUAAAGCCGCUGGUAGCAUCUCGUCGUUCUUCUCGAUCACUGAUCCUCAGAUUGAGAAUUUAGCGAGGCAUGUGAGAUUGGCCGAGAUGCGAGGAUUGAAAUCUAGGUACUGGGGGACCCCGCGAUGGCCGCGUACUUUGCGAGAUCAGAUCUGGCAGGUUUUGCUGCAGCAGGGGACGAGUAUCUUGAAUGUCGACGAUCUGAGAGCGGCAAGGAAAGGAUCUUGGGGCCGAUGGAAGAAGCUUGACCGAGGGUCAUGA